UGCUAAAUAAGUGUCUCGUCCUGCGCCUUCUUUCUCCGAACACUAUAUGAAUCUUUCUUAUAAAACAAUGUUUGUAAGUGUUUAUUUCGUUAUGAUCCUCUUGGUUUUUAGCUCACGCAACGCUGCGGCAAGGAUGGGAACAAUUAAGGUUUCUGAAAUUGAGAUAGCUCAAACAAGAUCAAGAACACCAAGACAUGAGUUCACGGAGGGUUUUAGAUUCAAAAAUCGUGAGUUGCACUUUUUGUCCAAACGGGUGCUUGUACCACCUUCGGGACCUUCCAACAGGCACAAUUCUGUGGUGAAUGAUCUCAAACACUAG